AAACAGCAGUGCAAGAUACAGUGUUGUCCUGGAAAUUGUCCACCAUGUGACCAAGUCUGUGGUCGAACAUUAGGAUGUCGGAAUCACAAGUGUCCUUCGGUCUGCCACAGAGGCAGCUGCUAUCCAUGCCCAGAAACUGUGGAUGUGAAGUGCAGUUGUGGCAAAACUGUUCUCAAAGUACCUUGUGGGAGAGAACGUACCACCAAAGCCCCCAGAUGCAAAGAACUCUGCAGGCAGCCGCCUACUUGCCAUCAUCCUAUUCGAGAGAAACACCAUUGCCAUUUUGGCCCUUGCCCUCCUUGCCGCCAGAUCUGCAAGAAAGAUUUAGAAAAGUGUGGUCACUUAUGCCCUGCUUCUUGCCAUGAUGAAGCACUUGUGAAGCAAACUGGCUUGCAUCAGCCUGCAGGCCCCUGGGAACAGUCCACUGAGCCUGCUUUUAUUCAGACAGCAUUGCCUUGUCCUCCAUGCCAAGUCCCUAUUCCAACGCAAUGCUUUGGAAAACACGAGAUAAGCCCAUUGCCAUGUCAUAGUGCAGGACCUUAUUCCUGUACGAAAGUCUGUGGAAGGUUGCUCGACUGUCAGAAUCAUACUUGCCUGGAAGAAUGCCACACAGUUACUGAAACAGAUACCAACAAUGACACGCAAAAGGCAGGUCCAGAAUGUUCUCAGUGUGAAGAAGCAUGUUCCAAGCCACGACCACCUGGAUGUUCUCAUGCAUGCCCUCUGCCCUGUCAUCCUGGAGCAUGUUCACCGUGUGCUCAAAUGAUCCGAAUAAAAUGUCACUGCAAACUGACAAGCCUGUACAUUGAAUGCAUAAAAAUCACUAAUGCUGACCUACAAGAAAAAGAAGAACUGUGUUCAUGCAAAAACCAGUGCCCCAGAGAGCUAUCUUGUGGUCAUCGAUGUAAAGAGAUAUGUCAUCCAGGGGAGUGUUGUCAGAAUUGCAAUCAGAAGGUUAAGGUCCGUUGUCCUUGUAAGAGACUCAAAAAGGAACUUUUGUGCAAUAAAGUUCGUGAAGGCCAGUUUUUCUUAGAAUGUGACGCGGUAUGCAAAGAAAUGAAACAGAAAGCUUCUGAGAUUAAGGAAGCAGAGGCUAGGGCUGCCAUUGAAGAGGAAAAACGAAGACAACAGGCAGAAUUGGAGGCUUUUGAGAAUAGAUUGAAAGGACGUCGGAAAAAUAAGAGGAGAAAGGAUGAUAUUGAAGUUGAACAACCUUUAUGGCAAAAAUAUAAGAAUGUGAUUUUGCUGCCAGUAUGUGGCAUUGUUGUCUUAAUGAUUGCCUGGUUCCUAGCAUACAAUAAUUGAAGUCUUAAUUACUUCAGUACACUUCAGCACGCUUCUGUGUAAAGAAUUGCUAAAAUCUUCUGUGUUCUAUAUUGAAAAUUAAUGGUUGUGGGUGGUUUUUAGUAAUUUCCCUGUUUGUUGGAGAAAAACAAAACCCAUCUCAGUUUUUACCUCAAAAUCACUUUAAAAUAUGUUGUGAUGAUCAUGCCGUGCUGUCAGUCCUAAGCAAUUAUGCCAAGUUCUUUAGAGCGUCUGUGUAAGAGUCAUCACGUACUGUUUCUCUGGCAUUACUUUAUUUCAGGUUAUCUGUGAGUGCUGCCUGUGCUUAGUUGUCCUAAUGACCUCUUAGUGAUUUAAACAUUGUAUGUUCAAGUUGCUUCAGUACACCUGCAUAGUCCUGCAGGCGUUUGGUUUAAAGCACUUGAUACGAAAUGCAGAUAAUUCACCCAACGGAUUGUGGAUCAAGCUGCUGUCUAAAUGGAAUUUAAGAUUUAAAUUUUUCAUUUAAUUAGAUUAAUAUAGCUUCUUAAAAGAAAACCUGAAGCUGCACAGCGAUCCUAAUUAUACUGUGUCAGAAGUUGUUUGUUAUUUUUUAAAGUCUACCUUAAACGUUCUGUGCUCUAAGAUCCAUUUUUGCUGAUUAAUAUAAUCAAAUAGCAGCUCUUUCCACAUUAGACACCUUUCAAUGGUGGUUUGCACAAUAGUCAAUGUAAAUGGCUUUUUCUUUACAUAUAGCUGUCUUCAGCUGAAAGGACUUCCAAAUCAUAGUAUUUAAGGCUAAUAUCUCUGGCCCUCUGAAAAAUAGUUUUCAUAAAGAAAAUGUACUUUAAAUAAAUUAUUAUCUGUAUCUGUUUUGUGUAUAAAGUAGCACUCAUUUUAUCAAUAUGUGCGUGCUCAAACAUACAAAGGGCUUAUCUGAUUCAGGUGUGUUAAUAUGUAAAAAAAAACCCCUCUUAAAAUCGUGCCUUCUAAGUGAACAUUAAAAAAAUUGUUCAAAUGUUCAACU